AUGGCGCUGGCGCCGCGUGCCCUUCGCCCGCGCUGGGCCGACAUCCCGAUCGGUUUCUGCUGCAACGCCUCGAAAGGUGAACAGUGUCGUGGGCCGCUGGGAACGUGUCAUGCCAUGCAUUGCCAAGAUUUCUUCGCGCACAGUAUGGAAAGUUGCCCAUAUUGCCACUCCUGGGAGCACAGCAAGGCAGAGUCUGAGAAGUUUUGCUUACACUGCAACCAGAGCCGUUUCGCAGACAGCAGGCGCCGAGGUGGCAUGAAGCAGAAGUAUCGGGAGUGCCGGCGAAGUACGACGCCUGAAGGUCUACUAGCCUGCAUUGUCGAUGGUCUCACUCGCAGCCCGGAUGUCAAGCCGAGCUUUUUCGACGUGUGUGAUGUGUGCAAAGACAAGGAUGGCGGGCGUCCUGGAAGGGUGGAGCCGCCGAAGCUUCUGAUCAUUUCGCACACGGGGCUUUUCAGUGAAAGGCGUGCCCGACUGCGGUAUGAGGAGGAGGGUGUAGGCCCCCACUUCGUGAUUAGCAAGACGGGGCAGAUACGGCAAUAUAUCCAGCUGGAGAAGGUUGCUUGGUUCGCAGGGGCAUCUUGGCAUCCGCAGUUUGGUGAGAGGCUGAACCGCUGCUCUGUUGGAGUUAUGCUCGAGGGGAACGGAGAGAGCAGGAAUUUCACAGAUGAGCAGUAUGAGCUGCUCAACCUGCUGUCGAAAGCUAUCGACGCUUGGGCUGGCGAACAUUGCUUGGUCCACACAUGCCUGCGCGAUGUUGCUGGUGACCAUGUGAGAGGCGAAGGCAAGGGCCACAUCGCACCUGGACGCUUUUUCGCAGCGGAUAGAGUGGAAAGUCAGAUGUGGGAAUCCAAGGGCUGUGUCUGCGACACGGUGUGUCCUGUGACUUAG